AUGCUUUCCUUCCGUAGAUCCCCCAGGAGCCUCAAGCCUCGAAGCUCAAUAGCGCCACUAUCCAUCCUUUGUCGAGGCAAAUCCAUCACCCGCGAAGAGCUAUUCACCUACACCAAUGGCCAUUUCCUCAUCGACGAAGAAACCCAGCUCCGUCGACGAUACCUGAAGUUCAAUAUCAACGCUCUCUGCGAUCUCGCUGCGACAGCAGGGGCAAGCCCGUCCCCGAUCAGAACGAUUGAGAAGCUCGAGGGAGGGUUCAGCAAAGCCCUGCUGCUGACGAAGGAGAAUGACGAGGAGGUUGUUGCGAAGCUCCCGUAUCAUAUCGCGGGACCAGCCUCCCUGACUACCGUUUCUGAGGUCGCGGCUCUGCAGUAUGUUAAGAAGUAUACGCGAAUCCCCGUUCCAGGAGUGCUCUCCUGGUCUUCGGACACCGAGUACAUCAUUAUGGAGAAGGCGGCAGGGGUUCCGCUGUAUGAACGAUGGGAGGGGAUGGCGGAGAUCGAGAGGUUGGGGCUGAUCCAGGAUCUGGUGAAGCUUGAGGCGCAACUGUCAGCCCUUACAUUUCCUGCGUACGGGGGGCUCUAUCGGAGGGUUGAUGCGGACCCAAUACGAUCGCCACAGGCGUGUGUGGACGUAGACUCUUCUGAUCGGUUUUGCGUCGGGCCAUCAUCCAUGGGCCUUGUGAGCUCUUACCACAAUAGACCAUGUGCUGCGUCAGCUAACCGAUCUCCAGGGCGAACGUUAUCAGACCUGGGAAGCUCAAUUGCAAAACGCGAGAUAUUCCGGAUCACGCACCGACAGUCAACCCCCCGGUUACCAUUCCACCAAGGUAGCAUUCAAGCGCAAACCCAGCUCCUAGAAGCUGCAAUGAGUGUAUUCCGGCAGAUCGACUCGCACCCAUCAAUCGGCCAAUCGGGCCAGCCUACACUAUGGCACACGGACCUCCACAUGAGAAACAUCUUCGUAGCUCCGGACGAAAGCUCGAGAAUCGUCUCCCUGAUCGACUUUCAGUCCCUGUCCAUCCACCCUCUACUCCUUCAAGCCCGAUGGCCAGUCUUUCUCAAGCCCCCAAUAGACUAUCCAAAGGACGGUUUCACUUCCCUCGACGGAGAAAGCCAGGCAGCUGCUCUGCAGGAAUUCUCCCAGGCCAAGCUCGCCAAAGCAUACGAAGUCGCCAAAUUCCUCGACGACCGCGUCGCCCACGACGCGAUGGUGAACGUUGUGCCCCGCGUCUUUCGGGAGUUGUUCGUCCGCUGCGGCGAAGUCUCGGAGGUGGGAAUCGUGCCGCUGUGCGAGUGUGUGAUUGAGAUUUCCCGGAACUGGUCGGCGCUAGAUUUCACGAGUGAAUGCCCUUAUUCAUUCAGCGCUGAAGAUAUCCGUCGACACGCACGCCAAUUUGCGGAGUAUCAGGCGUGGAAUGAUGUCCAGCAACUCGCGAUGGAGUGCCUCGACACCGACGCCGAAGGGUGGAUUGCACCGCAGCUGGAUAUUGCCCAGAAGCGGAGGCAGAAUCGGGAGCUGCUGGCGAUAUCCCCGGAUGAGGCAAGAGCCAUGUGGCCGUUCCCGGAGUCAUAA